GAGCCAGUUGUACUAGUAGCGCAAUUUGAGAAUCACUAGUGUGGCAGGGUAAAGCUGUAAAGAUUAUGAUUUAUUUAUUUAUUAUUCUUUUAAAUAUGCUCACUCUAUAUCGCGAUUAUCUAUCACCUCCCGUGGAGCGUGCGUGUCCGCCACGUUGAACGAGGGUUCACCGUUCAUGUGCAGGCUGUAUGACAUCCGAGCACAAAAAUGACAUAUUCGUGUUUAUCAAUUCAAUCCAGACGAGUUCAACUGAAGCGAUUUGUGGUCUUGGCGUCUUUAGCCUCGUUAGCUUGAUUAGCGUUGACCCCUAGGGCUUCCUCCGGCCCAGUUCUUCCAGCCAUUUUCUGACUGACUGAGCGGUCAAAUCAGAAUGGUCAGAACUCGGGUCGUCCUGUUGACCUAGUAGCACAGAGCGCACCGUCAAGUCGGUUGGUGAAAAUAUAUGUAUUUUAGCGGUUCUGAUCACUCUGGCGCCUCAUGGAAAGUCGGAAAAAAAAUUCGCCCCCAACACCGGUCGGACCUUGACAAACUCCUACUAGCGAAUUUGUUCAAUCCGCUAUUUGCGGAAUUUCAAGUGACCAAACCCGGAAAACAGGUUAGCGUAUGCGGCGAUUUACUAGCAUAACUGCAUGAUGGUUUAAAAGCUGAACUUGCAAAAUAAAAAAUUAAAAAUGUCUUUGUGGCUGUUGGCCUCAUGCAUAAGUAAAAUUCAUGCAUAUAAUUUAUUUAUAUAAAAAAAAAUAUAUAUACACGAUAUGCUUUAUAUGUAAAGACGAACAAAGCCGAGAUUGGGGGACAUGUUUGUCUAUUAACAGGAAGAAGUCCUUCUCGGGAAUUCGCCCAAUUGAUCCCCGAUCACAAUUAAUUCCGAAGAUUGGGACUGUUGUCCUCAACAACCUAUGCCUUUUCAUUUUUGUUAGAAUUUUUACCAUAUAGAGUGUUCCCUCGCCACUCCGCGCUUCACGUUUUGCGGCUUCAGCGCCUCGCGGGUUUUUCCAAAAUAUUCAUUCAAAAAAAAUAAAAACAUACAGCCAUAUCGGCAGUCAUAUUGCUGAAAGAUGCGUUGUUUCAUGUUGAUGCGCGCGCGAGAAGGUUUCCCUGCAUGCCAAACAAAGAGAUGAGUUGACUCAGAGGCUUUGUAAAUGCCUGUACUGUACGGGCACUCAUACAAGGCGCGUGAUUGGUUCCCGGCGCGACAUCGACCAAUGAGAGCACGAUUUAUUUAGUUGAUUGGCUGCGCAUCAUUGCAGCCUCACCCAGCAUCUUCCCUUGUCGUGUCCCGCCAGUCUCGUCCACGCUGUUGCGUUCGCAAUAACUUUUUUUGUUUGUUUUGUUUAAGCGAUCCUUUUUUGGAUUAGUUAAGCAAGCCGAAGCGCUGUGCCCCUGCGAAAUCUUCCUCCGGGGCGCCCAAGAGGAAGAAGAAGAAGAUGGCCAUCAGCGAAAAAGGUCGCCAUGUUAAGACAGGGCAGCUGGCAGCCAUCAAGGUCAUGGAUGUCACCGGGGAUGAGGAAGAGGAGAUCAAAGCGGAAAUCAACAUGCUGAAGAAGUACAGCCACCAUCGCAACAUCGCCACCUACUACGGCGCGUUCAUCAAGAAGAAUCCGCCGGGGAUCGACGACCAGCUAUGGCUGGUGAUGGAGUUCUGCGGCGCCGGCUCGGUGACGGAUCUGAUCAAGAACACCAAGGGCAACUCCCUGAAAGAAGAGUGGACGGCCUACAUCUGCCGAGAGAUUCUCAGGGGCCUGACUCAUCUCCAUCAGCACAAGGUCAUCCACCGAGACAUCAAGGGACAGAACGUCCUGCUGACGGAGAACGCCGAGGUCAAACUAGUGGAUUUUGGCGUUUCGGCCCAGUUGGACCGCACAGUGGGAAGGAGGAACACGUUUAUCGGAACGCCGUACUGGAUGGCGCCGGAGGUGAUCGCCUGCGACGAGAAUCCAGACGCGACUUACGACUUCAAGAGCGAUUUAUGGUCGCUGGGCAUCACGGCCAUCGAGAUGGCUGAAGGAGCACCACCGCUGUGUGACAUGCACCCCAUGAGAGCCCUCUUCCUCAUCCCGCGAAAUCCUGCGCCCAGACUCAAGUCAAAGAAAUGGUCCAAGAAGUUCCAGCUAUUCAUCGAGAGCUGCCUGGUGAAGAGCCACGGCCAGAGGCCCAGCACGGAGCAGCUCCUCAAGCACCCCUUCAUCAGGGACCUGCCCAACGAGAGGCAGGUCCGCAUUCAGCUCAAGGACCACAUCGACCGCACCAAGAAGAAGCGUGGCGAGAGGGAUGAGACCGAGUACGAAUACAGCGGCAGCGAGGAAGAGGACGAGGAAAGAGACAUGGGCGAGCCGAGCUCCAUCAUCAACAUCCCCGGCGAGUCGACCCUGCGGCGCGACUUCCUGCGCCUGCAGCUGGCCAAUAAGGAGCGCUCGGAGGCGCAGCGGCGGCAGCAGCUGGAGCAGCAGCAGAACGAGGAACACAAGCGCCUGCUGCUGGCCGAGAGGCAGAAGCGCAUCGAGGAGCAGAAGGAACAGCGGCGGCGGCUGGAGGAGCAACAGCAGCGCGAGCGAGAGCUGAGGAAGCAGCACGAGCGGGAGCAGAGGAGGCGCUACGAAGAAAUGGAGCAGCUCCGUAGAGAGGAGGAGCGGCGGCACGCUGAAAGAGAACAGGAGUAUAUCCGUAGGCAGCUGGAAGAGGAGCAGAGGCAGUUAGAGAUUCUCCAGCAGCAGCUUCUACAGGAGCAGGCGCUACUUCUGGAGUACAAGCGCAAGCAGGUGGAAGAGCAGCGGCAGGCGGAGCGUCUGCAGAGGCAACUCCAGCAGGAGAGGGCCUACCUGGUGUCGCUGCAGCAACAGCAGCAGGAAGGACGGCAGGCGGAGAAGAAACAGCUCUACCACUACAAAGACGUCAUGAAUCCCAACGACAAGCCGGCCUGGGCUAAGGAGGUUCAAGGCGGUAACCCGCCCCGCUCUAACCUUCGCCACCGCCAGUCGUUCAACCGGCCGCUGCCGCCGCCGUCGUCCUCGUCCUCCCGCGGCCGACCCCGUGCUCAAACCCCUAGACGCGCCCCGUCCGUGGGCGCCCAGAUCCUCUCCGAGCACCUCCCCCAGAUCCGCAUCGGGCUAGACCCCGGGGAGCCCCUGGGCCCGGGGCUAAAGCAGGAGAUAAGUCAGCGGGUCCGAGAGUUGAGGGCGCAGAAGCGCAGUCAGAGCAAGGGCGGCCCGAUCGCCGUCAAGGAAGACAGUAAGGCGGCUCGUAAGGAGCCUCGUAACCCCGAGAAAGAACCUUCCGGUCCCGCGACGGUCAGACGGUCCGACCCUGCCGCCGUCGCUCGAGACCAACAGAAAGACAAGUCCCCAGGCAGGCCCCUCUCUGCGCACGAUCCUGCCGGCAUCCCCCGUGCUGUUACUAAGGCGCCCGCGCAGGUCCACAAUCUGGUGGAGGAGAGGUCAAAGCUGAACAGGCAGAGUUCUCCGGCACUGCAACCCAAAGUGUCAAACCGGAUCUCGGACCCUUCCCUCCCUCCCCGGUCCGAGUCCUUCAGCGGCGGCGGCAUGCAAGCCGCCCGAACUCCACCCUCGCACCGUCCUGUCGAACCCCAGAUGGCCCACCUGGUUCCGGUCAAGACGCACUCGGGCUCCAUGUCGGGUUCUCAGUCCCUGCAGGACCAGACGGCUUCGGCGUUGAGCGAGGGCGUGGGCUCGCCCAGGCCCGACAUCCCCCGCCAGAACUCCGACCCGACUUCCGACACCCAGACGCCCCCGCUUCGCACGGCUGACCGGGACCGGACCGCGUGGCUGAGAGAGGAAGACCUGCCUCCCAAGGUCCGAGAAUCCCAAUCGAGGACCACCUCCAUCUCCCCAGCCUCGGCCAGGAAGAACUCCCCCAACGGAAGCGUCGGUUUGGGGCCUCGCACGGGCUCUCAGCUCAUACGAGCAAGUAACCCAGACCUGCGCCGUUCCGAGCUCUCACUGGACGCCAUGCUGCAAAGGACGUCCUCCAACUCGUCUUCGUCCUCCUCUCCCUCGUCCCAGGGAGGCUCGGUCGAGAGGAGAGGUCAGAGCAAACAGGAAGCAUCCUCGUCGGGAGCCAAUCAGGAGGCCCAAUCCAAACAGGAGGCGGGCCCUGAAUCCAGCAGACCCAGCAGGCCUGCGAGCUAUAAGAAAGCCAUAGAUGAGGACCUCAGCGCUCUGGCGAAGGAACUGCGAGAGUUGAGGGUCGAGGAGGGCAGCCGACCUCCAGUCAAGGUGACGGACUACUCGUCGUCCAGCGAGGAGUCUGAGAGCAGCGACGAUGACGGCGAGACGGUGGGACACGACGGCACCGUGGCCGUCAGCGACAUCCCUCGAAUCAUGCCAGCUGCGCAAAGCGGCGUCGAGUCCUACGGAGGACUGAGCGAGGCCUCCCCGGGUGAGCCCUUCAGGAACUCCAAGGACGGCACGCUGGUGAUGAGAGAGGCCGACGAGAAGAGGCGAGGCGGCCGCGGCGAGAGCAACGGCUUCGGCGACCACGCCAACCUGCCCGACCUGGUGCGGCGGAGCGGCUCGCCCCCGGCCGCGCCCGCCGCCCUGCGAGAGCUGGGCGACCUGCCCGAGUUCGGUCUGGGCGGCUGCAAAACGUCCUUCACGCCGUUCGUCGACCCUCGUGUCUAUCAAACGUCCCCGAGCGACGAAAACGAGAACUCGGCAGCCGGCGUCUUCGCUGACGAGCUCCUGCGGCAGGAGCAGGCCCGGCUCAACGAAGCCAGGAAGAUCUCGGUGGUCAACGUGAACCCCACCAACAUCAGACCGCACAGCGACACGCCCGAGAUCCGCAAGUACAAGAAACGCUUCAACUCGGAGAUUCUUUGCGCCGCGCUCUGGGGUGUGAACCUGCUGGUGGGGACGGAGAACGGCCUCAUGCUGCUGGACCGAAGCGGCCAGGGAAAAGUUUACAACCUGAUCACCAGGCGGCGUUUUCUUCAGAUGGACGUGCUGGAGGGCCUCAACGUGCUCGUCACCAUAUCGGGGAAAAAGAACAAGCUGCGCGUCUACUACCUGUCGUGGCUGAGGAACAGGAUACUGCACAACGACCCGGAAGUGGAGAAGAAGCAAGGCUGGAUCACCGUCGGAGAGCUGGAGGGAUGCGUGCAUUAUAAAGUUGUCAAGUACGAGAGGAUCAAGUUCCUGGUGAUUGCGCUGAAGACCUCGGUGGAGAUCUACGCCUGGGCCCCCAAGCCCUACCACAAGUUCAUGGCCUUUAAGUCGUUUGCCGAGCUGCAGCACCGUCCCCAGCUCGUCGACUUGACCGUGGAGGAAGGUCAGAGGUUGAAGGUCAUCUACGGCUCCAGCGUGGGCUUCCACGUCAUCGACGUCGACUCGGGCAACCCGUACGACAUCUACAUCCCGUCGCACUGUGCCAAAGAGACCAAGAUCCAGAGCCAGGUGACGCCGCACGCCAUCGUGGUGUUGCCCAAGACGGACGGUAUGGAGAUGCUGCUGUGCUACGAGGACGAGGGCGUCUACGUCAACACGUACGGCAGGAUCACCAAAGAUGUCGUGCUGCAAUGGGGGGAGAUGCCCACCUCUGUUGCCUACAUCCACUCCAAUCAAAUUAUGGGCUGGGGCGAGAAAGCCAUCGAGAUCCGCUCGGUGGAGACGGGACACCUGGACGGAGUCUUCAUGCACAAGAGGGCCCAGAGACUCAAGUUCCUGUGCGAGCGCAACGACAAGGUGUUCUUCGCAUCGGUGCGCUCGGGCGGCAGUAGCCAAGUGUUCUUCAUGACCCUCAACAGGAGCUCCAUGAUGAACUGGUGAUGGCCCCGCCCACUUGGUCCAACCUCGCUCUCCCGUUGGCUGUUGACAUCCUCCUCCUAUUUGCACACUUUGCCUCUUCCUCUUCCUGUUGUGCCGCCGGCCUUGAAACGCACCACGGCGGCGGAGGGACCACUUGAUCUUCUUCUCCUCGUCCUCAUCCUCCUCUUCUUCCUCCUCCCUCCCUCCCGCCGAUUCAAAAGAUGACGUCUGCGUCCCUUUAAGAAGAAAAUCGCACACUUCCAGCCCCCGCGCCCUCCACUCCGUCUCCUCUUUGUCGUAUUUCCACUCUUUAAAGGUGCUGCAUCAGACUUCAAGCUGUCAAUCAACAAAAAGCGUCCGUGUGAAACUUUACCGCACACGCCUGUUCCUGUCAACAUUUUGCGCGUGUGUGUGUGUGUGUGUGUGUGUGUGUGUGUGUGUGUGCGCGCGCGCGCGCGAGUCCCGCUCCGAGAUCAACGUCGAGGAGAGCAGAAAUGAAAGUCAGUGGUGGUCGUUUUGCUCUUUAUAGCAGGAAGUCGAAAAAAAGUGACUUGCGCUACGAUCGUAUCACACCGCUACAGAAUGCUUUUAUUAUUCUUCCACCAUAGAUUAUUAUUUGGGGGUGUCAGGAACAGGAACAUCGAUAAAGUGACCUGUGAUAGAAAAAAAGAAAAAUUGCUGAAGUUACCUGUCAGGAACAAGAACCUUGCUCAAGUCAAGUGUUAGACAAUGUCAGGAAAUAACAACUUCGGGAAGGUCACUCGUCCAGGAACAAGAACUUUGCUUAAGUCACCUGCCAAAAAACAAGAUCUUUAGAAAAUUCGCUUGUCAGGAACGAAAACUUUGCUGAAGUGACCUGGCAGGAACAAGAACUUAAAAGGAUCAGGAAUCUCGCUAAAGUCACCACUAAGGAACAAAAACCUUCCUUAACAAAAUUUUAGGAAAGACGCAUGAGAAACAACAAUUGUGGUAAAGGAACCUGUCAGGAACAAGAACAUUGCUUAAGUCAACAGUCAAAACUUUGGUAAAGUAUCAUGACAACAACUUUGUCAUGUGAAGGACAAAAACGUUGGUAAAGCUAUCUAACAAGAACAGGAAAUUUUUAAAGUCAACUCUCAGAAAUAAGAACUUUCCUAAAGUGUCAGAAUCAAGAACUCUGCUAAAGUAACCUGCAGGAACAAGAACUUGAGUAUAAUGUCAGGAACAGGAAUUUUGUUAAAGUCAGGAUUAGGAACUUUAGGAACGUCACCAAUCGGCAACAAGUUGAGGAACGACAUCAGCUUAGCUUUAGCUUUGCGAAACCACUAGUCAGGAACAACAAAACUGGGAAAGUGCUCUGUCACAAAAAUUUUGCUGAAGUAACCGGUCAGGAGCCAGAACUUUAGGAAAGUCACUUGGCAGGAACAAAAACUUUGCUGAAGUCGCCUGUGAAGAACAAAAACAUCGGUAGCGUCACCUGUACCUGAAAUAGCUAACGUUUUCCAAAGUGUCAGGAACAAUAACUUUGCUAAAGACACCUGUCAAAAACAAGAACUUUGCAAAAGUAUCAGGAACAAGUACUUUGCUAAAGUCACUUGUGAAUAAUAACAACUUUGGAAAAUCUGUCUGUCAGGAACAGGAACACUGCAAAUGUCACCUGUGACGAUCAAGAAGUUGUUUAAAGUGUCUGGAACAAUAUCCUCGUUAAUGUCACUUGUCCACUGUUUUGUUUUUGCGUUACACAAACACACCACCAAAAAAAAAAAAAAAAAAAAAAAAAAAAAAAGUAGCCAACUGUUCGGCCUUCAUGCUCGGCAGAGCUUCAAAAAAAGUACUUUUUUUUCUUUUUUUAAGCUGCGUUGGGUUCGGACCGAGCGCUAACACGCUAACACAUUUCUUACUGUUUUGUUCAUUAUCGCGAGUGAAGAUGAGCUAACAAACACCUCAACCAUGUCGUCGUGUACUGUACUAAAAAUGGCUGUAGAUGCACAACAGGCAAGCUAACGUUUUAGCAAUAAAGAGCCCAGCGGUCUUCCCUCUGUGCGUGUGUGCAUGUGUGCUUGUUAUUUUGUUGUUGUUGCGGUCAUUCCACUGAGGACUCUCAAAGACAAAUUAAAACCACUGUAAUCUUUUUUUUUUUUUUUGUGUGUGUGUGUGUGUGUGUGACUGUGUGCUACUUUUUCUUCUUCCUGUUUUUAUUUGAAAAGACUAAUCGUCCUGUUUGGGGAUUUGUUUUGUUUUGUAAAAGAGACACUGGAAGAGAAAUAAAUGUAAGAGUAGAGAAGGGUUGCCUUGUGUAGUUGUUGUUUUUUGCAACCUUGCGAAAAACACUUGCUGGGAACAAUUGAUUUAGUUAAGUAACCUGCAGGAACAAUAACUUCACUGAAAUCACUUGUCAGGAACAAAAACUUUGCGAAAGGCAAUUGUCAAAAACAACAACUUGGCUAAAGUUUUGUGUCAGGAACAAAAACUUUGGAAAAGUUCCUGUUCCCGACAGGUGAGUUUUGCAAAGUCUCCGGUCAGGAAGCAGAACUUGCUAAAGUCACCUGUUAGGUAGAAGAACUUUGUCAUCGUAACUUGCCAGGAACAGGAAGAAAAAAAAUUAAGGUAUGAGCAAGAACCUAGCUAAGGUCAUCUCUCAGGAACAGGAACCUUGCUAAAGUAACCUGCAGGAACAAUGACUUUGCUCGCGUAACGUGCAGAAACAAGACCCUUCCUGAAAUCACUUGUCAGGAACAAGGACUUUGCCAAUGUCUCUUGCCAGGAACAGAAACAUAAACUUUACUAAGGUAGCUGACCGGAGCAAGAACCUAGCAAGUAACCUGUCAGAAACACUAAUGUUACUGACAUCUCCUUUCAGGAAUAAAGACUUUGCCAACGUCGUUUUCCAGGAACAGGAAAAAGAACCUGGCUAAAGUCACCUGUCAGGAACAAGAACCUUGCUAAGGUCAUCUGUUCAGAAAAUUGUGUGUGUGUGUGUGUGUGUGUGUGUUGUUGUCAGUGUGUUUUUCCAUUCCGCCCAUUACACUGAGGACUCUCAAAGACAAAUAAAACCACUGCAGUCUUUUAUUUUGUAUUUGCGUGAGUUCAUUUGUCUUUUCCUGUUUUAAUUUGAAAAGACUGAUCUUCCUGUCUAGGGAUUUGUUUUGAUUUGUAAAAGAGAACCUGGAAGAGAAAUAAAUGCCAUCGUACAGCCA